ACACACACACACACACACACACACACACACACACACACACAUUUCUCUCCCUCCCAGUCCUAGUUGGACUUAUGUUUAAUACUUAUGUUUAAUACUUUAAGUAUUCCUUAUCCAUGCUACAUAAACUAUACUCCCUAAUGGUUAAGUUUCAGGGUAGAAUGAUUUAAUCAUUAUCUUUAAACAUAUCAAUUAUUUUAUCAAGAGUACAUGAAGAUCAUCGCCAUCUUCUACUGGCCUGCCCUGUACUACCCACUCCUGGCCUGUGGUACGCUCCACAGUAAACUGGGCUAUGUGCUGGGCAGUCUAUUCUCCUGGACCCACUUUGUUGUCCUCGUCUGGCAGAAGAUUGACUGUCCCAAAACACCAGAGCUGUAUAAGUACUAUUCCCUGCUGGCCAGUCUCCCACAGAUCGGCUGUCUGGGAUUCCUCUGUAUCAAGUACCCACUACUGUUUGUCAAAGGUGCCAAGGCUAAUGGUUCUGAGGACCUGGAGAGCAGCUACUACACAGACUACGUGAAAUUAAUUCUAAUGGAGAAAAAGUCAAAAGUCAGUACCUCUAUCAGAUCAGAUAAACCCAAACUGUUGGAGACAAUAAAAGACACAGUCAAGUCCUAUAUCUACACACCAGAGAAAGUAUUCCGGUUUCCACUGAAGCUGGCGAUCUCAGCAUUUGUGUCGUCCAUAGCAGUUUAUCAGGUGGCGCUGUUGCUGGUAAUACUGGUGAUCCCCACCCUCCAUAUAGUCCGUGCUGGUAUAGAUGACAAGUUCCCCUUCCUUCUGGAGGGCUUUGGUAUCGUCCUAUCAGAGGACAGGAUGGAGGUGGUCCAGAUUGUUAUUCACUAUACCUGGUGUCUGGAAGUGUGUUACCUGUGUGGGUUGACCCUGGCCUGUAUGCUCACCCUGAUCAUGCUCAUGAGGUCCAUGAUCCUUCACAGAUGGAACCUCCAGGGCUUGUACAGAGGAGAUAUUUACAAGGUGUAUAAUUGCCAGAAGAGCAUCCGUCCGUCUCAGACAGGCCUAGUGUGUUGGAUGGGCUUCGCUGGAUAUCAGGCUGCUGUCAUCUCUUUAGGAAUGGUCUUCCAGACUUUGGUCUUCUUCAUCUGUUUUGUGUGGUUGGUAUUCCUCAUCAUCAUCCCCAUCUUGUAUGGCCAGAACCUUAUACUCUUCCAGGUCGCUGCCAAGGCCUGGCCUGUGUGGGUGACGUUGAUACUGACUAUUACUCUACAACACGUGACAGCCAGGUUUGCUUUCAUCAAAAAGGAUGCUGGGACAAGAGACUUGAACAACAGAGGCAGUCUGUUCCUGCUUACCUACCUGCUCUUCCUGAUCAACAUCGUGGUGGGGUUGAUAGCAGCCAUCUGGAGGAUGGUCAUCACUGCCCUCUAUAACAUCAUCCACCUGGGGCGCAUGGACAUCAGCCUCCUCAACCGCGCUGCUGAAUCCUACGACCCGGCUUAUUGUUACUACACCCACUACCUGAAGGUAGAGGUCAGCCAAUCCCACCCUGUGAUGAAGGCCUUCUGUGGUCUGGUGCUGCAGGCUGCCUCGGCUGGAGGUGCUGGGCAGAAGAUGCGAGAUGCUGAGGAAGGGAUCCAGCUGGUGAAUCAGGAGAAGAGACCGGACAAGGUGGUUAACAGCAGGAGGGUGCGGGCACGCUGGCAGUUACUCUACACGCUGGUCAACAACCCGUCUCUACUGGGGUCCAGAAAACACUACCAGCUGCAGCCCUCUGACAGCUUCGUGAACGGAACGAACCGUAGCGCCGCGGCAGGAAGCAAGAAAGACGCCAGCAGCAAACCCACCGCUGCCGAGGCAAGUGCUGCCACACCCUCAGGCGCUGCCACACCCUCAGGCGCUGCCACACCCUCAGGCGCUGCCACACCCUCAGGCCCUACCACACCCUCAGGCGCUGCCACACCCUCAGGCCCUACCACACCCUCAGGCCCUGCCACACCCUCAGGCGCUGCCACACCCUCAGGCGCUACCACACCCUCAGGCGCUGCCACACCCUCAGGCGCUGCCACACCCUCAGGCGCUGCCACACCCUCAGGCCCUGCCACACCCUCAGGCCCUACCACCGACGCUGCUGCUAACUGAGACCAUGACACACGGUCAUGACUGACGUCAUGUGGUUUAUGGGGCACGGACACCCUGCUGCUCUCUAUAGAACCCAAUGUUCCGACUGCUUGGUCUUCAGGGUAGCAGUUCACUGUAGAGGCCUGUAAUUUCUGUGGGUUGCAGUCAAGUGCCUUGGCUUGUUCAGCUGCACAUGCAGUGAAUCUCUAUGUAUGUUGCUUUCUGUGUCAUAUUGUUGUCUGCAAUGUUGAUUUUAAAAUUUGCUGGUCUAUUAUUUAGUUUUUGGUAAAGGUCGUUAUGGUGAAACAUCUUAA